AUGUUGCUCGACGAAAGUCCCGCUACGUUGAUCCACCAUACCAUCGGCAACUUCAACCACCAACCGGAUAAACAAGCCGUCUCGCGUAUCAAUGACUCGCUGGCUACCCUGCAGCAAUCCCGCGACCUGCGACGGCGCGAGGUCGAGUCAUCCCUGAAGAAACUCUCGCGACAUCUGCAUUCCCUGAACACCCAGUACGACGAGGCUGUCGCCGCCCACGACGCCAACCACCACGCCGCCGAGAUUGUCGAGCUGGAUACCAAGAAGUUUCGCAUCGCCAAGGCGGCCACCGAGCUCGAGAUCGAAAGCGAGCGACUCGAGAGUGAGCUGGAGAUGUUGAAAGAGCGUCUGGCGGAUCUGGAGGCGCAGGGAUUAGAGGGGGAUGAAGCGACGCGACGGGAGAGGGAGGCUGAUGAUGCUACGAUUCUGAGGCUUAAAAUCUAUCGCUCCCUCGGAGUCGACAUCGAAGCUGAUGAGGCGGGCAAUUUCAACAAGGCCGUCAUUCGCAACAGUCGCAAAGGCGACGUGCACGUCGUCAAGAUCGAUCCCAAAUUCUCUCGUUUCUUCUAUUCCAAUUACCUCUGGUCGACUAUGCAGGGAUGA